CUCUAUGAUAACCUACCUAGGGAGAGCUAGGUACACUUUCACCUUCCAGCUUCUCCUAUAUCGUACGACACUAUAAAAUACUAUUAUUGUAGUAUACUGUACUCGAGUAUACAUAACGAACCUGCCUACUCCCACGUAUUUCUCACGACUACUCCCGACCGUCGUAGAAGGACUGACCCAGACCGUCUUAGUAGCCUUCUGGAACCUUCAGUUUUCCCCGAUAUAUCAUACCGUAUCCGACUUUUGGAUCCGCCAGUAUUAUUUGAGAAGAAUCCCUGGUUCCGUGGUGUCUCUCGGCUUCGAAUCCUUCUUCAUACCAUCCCACCGACUCCUCCGAUACACCUCGUACGGUGUUCUGCCCUCGUCUUGACCGUCGAUUAAGCCCCUCACCCACGAACAUUCGUGCGUCUAUAGAAUUCAGUAAUGAGAAUAUGAGCUCUCAUCCACACUCGCUACACCAGCAACGUAGCUGGUCCAGUAACUCAUCCGGUGGAAGGGGCGACGACAACAGAACCUUGUUAACCUCAAAGGCCCUGCCGCCACCUCCGCCGGACGAUGAGGAUGGGGAGGCCUCAAGCCCUUUCCCUACUUUGCAUAGAGGUAGCGGGUCGAAUCGGAGCAGCCUCCCCCAUAACAACCACGGUGUAGUCGCCUCACAUUUCCUAGCACAACAUGCGGACACGCACGGCGGACAGACGUGGGUGGACUUCUUAAGGGAGAGCGGGCCUGAUGCGAACGAAGGGCUUGGAGUAGGGCACAACACAACGCAACGGAGUGAAUGGCCUGGACAGACCACCUCAGCAUCAUCGUCGAGAUUAGCACUUCCCACCAGAUUGCCACGAGCGAGCUCAACGUCUUCGGCCAACAGCGUGGAGCGGAAGAGACGGUUGACCGCGCCUGAAAGUCCAGGUAGACAAACCUCUGGGAGACGAACACGAGCAAGUUUUGGAGACGCCACAGGCGGGACUCAAUCCGACCCCAUCGGCCCGGGAAAUGUGCCCCCUACGCGAAAUAGACUUCCUCGCCCACCUCUCAACACACACUCUCCGCACCCUCCGAGAACGAGCAGUGUCGGUGGCGGAAGAAGGCAGAGCAACAUGAGUGAUAUUGCUCUGCCGCCCUGGCAAGCGGAUCACGAGGUUAACCUCUGUCCAGUGUGUGGAAAUCAGUUUACGUUUUGGUAUAGGAAGCACCACUGCAGGAAGUGCGGUCGAGUGGUCUGUGCUAACUGCUCACCACAUCGGAUUACCAUUCCUCGCCAAUUCAUCGUCCACCCGCCAUCGGAAUCGUUCGCCGGAUCGAAUAUGGUUGAUCUCACAGGAAGUGACGAUGACAAUCAAAUGUCUGCAUUUGGCCCAUUCCGGAAUCCUGCAUUAGGGGGCGGGGAUAUUGUUCGCGUGUGCAAUCCUUGUGUGCCCGAUCCAAAUUACAGCCUACCGCCCCAACCACCUCCAUAUUCCACUCGCCCUGGGGUCCAACCAGAUGUGUUUCCCCCCCAACAUACCGAAGCUCGUCACUCAUUUCCACGCGGCCAUCGUCCGUCUCAUAGUGACUCUCAUGCAGCAGCGCACGACGCCUAUCCCCGUGAUGGGCCACCUUAUCAGGAUCGAGCACGCCUUGCGGAUAUUUGGGUGCCGACGACGUCGUCUUCCAUGACGACUUCACGCCAACAUCAGCAUAAUCAGCACCACCACCAUCCGUCUCCAUCUCACCCAAACUCUGCUGCGUUAGGAUUUUUGUACCAUGCCAUACCAAAUGAACCUCAACAAGCACCAGCACCACAACACCGAAGGCAAAUCGCCGAGGAAGACGAGUGCCCGGUUUGCGGUUUCGAGCUUCCACCUAGAGGUCCAAAUGGUGAAGAGACUGAUCGCGAAGAACACAUCUCGUCUUGUAUCCUCACCUUCUCUGACGCUCCGGUAUCAACACCGCCAACUGUUACUGGCACUCCCAAUCCACCAGACCUGGCCGUAGUCUCAUCAGCGGGUCUCUCUUCGACUUCACUUCCGAAUCCCCGUGUUCGAGGAAUGUCUGAUGCUGCCGGCACCCCAGGAAGCUCUACCACGUCUCGCAACCGCAUGAGCCUGUCUGCUCGAGGGAUGUUUCCGUACGUUGCGACCGAGAAGGACUGUGUGGACGAAGAUGGGACCACGGCCGAGUGCGUCAUUUGCUUUGAAGAUUUUGAGGCUGGUGAUAAGAUGGCCAGACUAGUCUGCUGGUGCAAGUUCCACGAGGAAUGCAUACGCCAAUGGUGGGCUAAGAAAGGUAGGGGUGCUUGCCCCACUCAUCAGUUGCAUGAGUGAGGUGAUGGUGAAAUUUGACGGUUUCCUUCUGACGCAUGGACGUUUUCUUGAAGUACGUCUAUAAGUAAGUAUCGUGCUCUCUCUGGUGCGACACCGUGCACUACGAACAACUUCUAUCUCUUGCCUUCCCAUUUUCUCACACCCUUCCCUUGCUGCUUUCAGUUUUGUGCGAGCCUUGCGAAUUGCCGCUUUGACGGUGGAGACCUGCUUUUGGCUAGUUAUGAUUUGGGUGUUCAAUCUAUCCGCCCGAGGGCGGACACAAGGGAGUUCAGUGGAGGGCACUGGUUUACAGUCACGGCCAGCAUUUCAAUGGGUUACAAAGAAAGCAUAACCAUGAGAUAUGUAUAUUCCACUUCACAGAGAAGUUUUGAAUUGUUGCUUAGCGAUCUGAAUCGAAUGAUAUACCCUG